UUUGUACAGAACUAAAAAUAUUAGUUUUUUUAAACAAUGCAUAAUUGUCCCGUUCGGUUUCGUGUUAGUUUCGCGACGUUUGAAGCGUAAAAGUGUAGUCUAUCGAUUAAUUGUUUCGUUAAACAAUUACAAAAUGUUUACUACGUUGAACUGUUUCUUACGGUUCUUACGUUAUAGUGCGUGAGUGUGUGUGUGUCUCUCUGUCGUUGCUUCAGUGCUCGUACGCGCGUUUCCCGCCCCCACCACUCCUCUCACGAUUGUGUUUCAUGUCAUGUUUGUCGCGCUGUAAUAAUUCGCAGCCCCCGCCGCUCCCCUUCCCCAUACGUCACACGUCUGCGACACCUGCGUUGACGUCGUCGUCGUCGUCGCGCUGUCGCCGUUUGCUGUCGUCGCCUUCGUCUUUUGUUUAUUUGUUGCACUGGCAGACGCCGUUAUAAACAAAAAAAAACCAAAACCACUUCACAGACGCACGCACACACAAACCCCAACAUUCACACACGCAUGGACACUCGAGAUUCCAGCAACAAAACGCGCAGUUGGCAACAAGUGGAAUAGACAUACAAACAUGCACUUGUAUGUAUAGUGGUGUGUGUGUGUAAUCACAACGCGACUUUCGGCAAAAGACCUAAAAACACCCGUCCUCAAAUUAUUUAGAGGUGGAGGGUACGAUUUUGAAUGAAUUAUAAAGAUAUCCAAGUUAGACGUUGUUUUAAAAGGCUUAGCCCAAGUGACUUACCAGAUCAUUGGGCCUCAGGUACAGCAAAUCCCACGACUUCAACCUCAAGCAGCAACAGCAGCAGCAGCAGUAGCCUCCACCUCAGCAGCGGAGGCAGCAGCGCCAACGUUCACGCCAACGCCAACGCGAACGCCAGCGGCAGCGGCAAGUACAACAGCAGCAACAUCUCCGUGUGCAACCUGCCACGCUCCUCGCCGGCCGCCGCCACUGCAGCCGUCACUCUAUCUGCGGCCGCGGGCGGCAGCAGCCUGCUGAGCGGCCUGCACCACGGCCUGGCGCCCGGCACCCACCCACUGCAGCGCGCGACGGCGGCCAGCGGAGGCGGCGGCGCUGGUGCCGGGGGCGUUGCAGGCGCCUCCACAGCGUCCUCACUCUCGCUCCAGCAGCAGCAGCUGCAGCAGCAACAACAGCAGCUGCAACAGCAGCAGCAGCAGCAGGCGCUGCUCUACCAACAGCAGCACCAGCAGCAACAGCAGCAGCACCUCAACAACUCUCAUCAUUCUCUCCACAACAAGGCAGCGGCAGCCGCCGCCGCAGCCACGGCCAACAUCGCAGCUGUGCUGCAACGCUCGGCUGCCAUUAUGAAUGCGGUGGCGUCGCCGAUCUCAGCCAGCAGCGCAGCCAACGCCGCGACGUCAGGCCGGAAGAUACGUCGCAAGACGGAUUCGAAGGUUAAUUUGCCGCAAUCACAAAUCAACAAAUGCAACAAUGAGAAGCGGCGUCGCGAGGCGGAAAAUGGUUACAUCGAGCAGUUGUCGGAGAUACUAACGCUGAACAAGCGUGGGGAUAUGACCUCAACGAAACCGGACAAGGCGGCUAUACUCAAUCAAGUGGUUCGAACGUAUCGUGAAAUUUGUGACAAAGGCCAAAAUCGUGAUAUAUCCUCAACUUCAACAAAUAACAACAACUCCACGGCGACAAGCAACAACAACAACAACACAAACAAUAAUAACAACAAUAGUAACAACAACAACAAUAGCAAACAACAAAUAACCUCAACGCCCCGCUGCAGUCGCUGUGCCACGGACAAUUGCUCGAUCCAUCCGGUGCAACAGGGAGAGGUAUCCUCGACAGAGCCGCCGCUGCCACUGCCUCUGCCAUCGGAGCCAUCGCUACUUCUGGGCCAGGUGCCGGAGAUCUCCGCCUACUUUGAGGCCCUCGAGCACUACAUCAGCGGCGUGGGCUGGGUCCUGCUGCAGGUGAACGCCAACGGCAUCAUUGAGUCCUGCACGCAGAACAUCCGCGAGCUGAUCGGCUAUGAGAAGCAGGAGCUCUACCACCAGCCCCUCUACAUGUACCUCUACGCGGGCGAUCACGCCAAGCUAGAGCCGAUCAUCAACAACAUGUACAGUAGUGGCGGAGGAGGAGCUGGAGGCAGUGGCCCAGCGGCCAGCGUAGGUGGCGGCUGGGGCGAUUUGGACGAGCUGAACAACGGCAAUGCGUCGCAGCAGUCGGCGGGGUCCAACUCCAGCUCGGGUAACGCUCAGGCGGGCAAGUCCAAGCGGAGUAUCUCCACCAAGGUGCGCAUGCUAGUCAAGGACACGCGAACGGCCACCCAGACGUCGUCCAACUGCGAGGCGGGCAUGGAGCAGAAGCCACUGAGGCAGUCUGGCCAGCAGGACAAGUACGAGGAGGUGGUCCUGAUAGCAGCCCCCGUCAAGGAUGAUGCGGAUGCCAGCAGCUCGGUGCUUUGCCUGAUCACGCGGCCGGAGGACGAAUCGCCGCUGGAGAUCAACAUGCAGCAGCACGUGCAGCAGCAGCCCAUCGAGCAGAUGACCUUCAAGCUGGACAUCCAUGGCAAAAUACUCAGCCUCGAUCCCACUGCCCUGCGGGAGCCCUUCAAGCAGCAUCUGCAGACGUGGGUGGGUCGCCUGUGGCAGGAUCUGUGCCACCCGCACGACCUCUCCAUGCUGAAGUCGCACCUGCGUGACAUCCAGGACUCGGCCAGCCCUCACUCGCCCGCCAGCGGUGGUCCCGGCACCGGUUCCGGCUCUGUACACAUAUCCAACCGGGUCUCGCGUCCGUUCCGCCUGCGCCUGGGCGCCCCCGACAUCUAUGUGCAUGUGAAGGCCAACUCGAGACUGUUCCUCAACCAGACGCCCGGCGAGGGUGACUUCAUUAUGUCAGUGCAGACGCUGCUCAACUCGGAGAACGACAUGAACAGCAACAACACGGGAGCGGUGUCUGCCUCGGGAACUGUCUCCGGAGCAAGCACCGUGGCGGCACCUGGAGGAGCGAGUGGUGGCGGCGUCGGCGUCGGCGUGGGCAUGGUCGGUGGAAUGAGCCAACUGUGCGCCAUGUCGCCGGGCCCAUCGUUGGCCAACUCCCUGCUCAACAACCUCUCGAUGGACGGGCUGCACAACUCGAGCUCCACCUCCUCGUCUGCGACCUCCGCCAUGCUGCCCACGCACCUGCUGGGCGGCCUAGUGGGAGGCGGACAGCACAACAACAACGGGAACGGCAACGGGAACGGGAACGGGAACGGGAACAGCACGCAGACGACCAAUGUGGGUGGGCCGCUCAUGAGCAGCGCCAUCCUCAACGGCGUUGGGAUGCAGCAGCAACAGCAUCAGCAGCAGCGCUCCUCCUCGGCGUCCAGCUCCUCCGCGGCGAAUCUGGUCAACGCGUUCACUGCCUCGCCGGCGCCUGGGGAGCACAGCUUUUACGGCAGCGACACCUUCGAAUUCGACAUUGCACAUUCCUCCUUCGACAUCGAUCCCAGCGGCGGCGUCGGCGGCUGGACGGACUCGCGUCCCAAUUCGCGUGCCUCCGUCGCCACGCCCGUGAGCACGCCGCGACCGCCCUCCGGCCACGGUUUCAGUCCGGCCGUCUGCGCCUCCCCGGCCACGCCCUACCAGCUGUCCUCGCACUCUGCCGCCAGCCUUCCGUCGCCGCAGUCGAACGCCAGUGCCGGCGGUGGCAACUAUGGUUUCAACUUCCACUCCUUCGAGCCGGGUGACACCAAGCCGGAGAAGGAUCCCCAGCAGCAGCAGCAGCAGCCGAGCAACAACAGCAGCAGCGGUGGGGGCCCCAGCAGCAACAGCAACGCGAUGCUGGGUGGCCUUCCGAAUGGUGUGGGCGGGCUGUUGCUCUCCCAACAGCAGCAGCAACAAGCGCAGCAGCAGCAACAACAGCAGACAGCGCCACAGCAGCAACAGGAAUCGUCGGAACGAUUGCGGCACCUGUUGACCAAGACAAUGGCCAGCGGACUGGGAGGACUGGGCGAUGAGGAGAAGUACUUUAAGCAGGAGGGAAGCGAAGAAGAGAAGCUCAGCGGUGGACCUGCUGGCAGCUUCAAAAUGGGCGGCCAGCCGGGAGGCGGAACUCUGGGACCCAUGUUUGGACCCAUGGGGCCGAUGGGACGGAGUGCCAGCGCCACGGCCACGCUACUGCACAAGGCCGGCAACUCACAGAACCCUAUGCUGCUCAAGCUUCUUAACGAGAAGACAGAGGAUGAUGAUGGCAGCGGAUCGGGCGGAGUGUCGGGAGCCAUGAACAAUGCCCGACCGAGCGAACUGAUGCGGCAACUGAAGAACAACGACGGAGGCCAUGGGUCCGGCCAUGGAUCGAUGCAUCGAGUUGGCGGCAGCGGGAACAUGAGCAACGAGGAUCUCAAGGCCAUGCUGAAGAUCCAGAGCGAUCCCUCGCUGAGCCGCAAGCGCUCGCUCAACGAGCCCGACGACGAAUUGUCCUCCGCGAAGCGAUCCGAGGACAAACCCAGCAAGCUGUACACCCAGAACAAGAUGCUCGCCAAGCUACUGCAGAAUCCGCCAAAGAUACCCAAAGCCCCCAAUGCCGAUCAGCCGCUGGUGAAGACGCUGCCGGACAUUACCAGCUCCUCGAUGUCCUCGGGCAGCUCCCUCUCCGCCCCCGGUAACCUCAUCAGCGCCGGCAGUACGGGACCCAAAGCGGCAGCCAAUCGAAAUCGCAAGCAGCAACAGCAGCAGCAGCAACAACUGCAGCAACAGCAGCAACAGCAGCAACAACAGCAGCAGCAGCAGCAGCAACAGCAACAACAGGCAGCCAGCAAUCCUUCCCUGCAGCAGCCGCAGCCAAACGAUGUCUACCUCAGCCAGCAGCCGCACCAGCCCCCGCAGCUAGCCUUCCAGCAGCAGCAGCAGCUGCAACAACUGGCGACCUCAGCAUCUACCUCAAUUACCACAGCGGCCUCGACCUCGGCAGCUGCGGCGGCUGCAGCGGCAGCGGCGGCCAUUCCGGGCGACGGCGACACGGAGUUGUCCAAGCUGCUGGACAGCGUCGUGGAUUACUACGCGGAAGACACACCCAUUGUGAUGCCCUCCGCCAUCAGCGAUAUCCAAAAGUCGCUGAUGCUCGACGUGGAGUCGGCCACCUUUGGCAACGACCUGAACCAGCACUUGAGCCUCAUGAGCCAGCAGCAGCAGCAGGCGGUGCAGCAGCAGCAACAACAGCAGCAGCAGAUACUGGCCCUCCAAUUGGCGGCCCAGCAGCAGCAGCAACAGCAGCAGCAGCUUCGCCAGCAGCACCUCCAGCAGCCGCCCGCCUAUCCGGGCAUGCUUAGCCUCCAGCAACAGCAGCAACAGCAGAGCCAGCAGCAGCAACAGCAGCAGCACAUAAUGCAGCGGACAAUGCAGGGAACAAUGCACAACCAGGUCUUCCAGCGACCGCCACCCAUGUAUCCUGCCCGUGGUCGCGGCCCCAUGAAUGCCGUGGCCACGCCCGGCGGUGCUGUGCUACCCGCCCAGCAGCAGCUCCGCAACAUGCGACAGCAGCAACAGCUGGCGGCCCAGCAGAAGGAGCGUCUCCUGCAACAGCAGCAGAAGCAACAGCUGCUGGUCCCCGAGAAUGCCACUGGCAUCAAUGCGGGCCUCAACAACAUUGGCUCGCUGCUGAACACCACGGUGGCGCCCAAUGUCUCCCUCUCGCGCACCAAUCUGCCGGCGGACGCUCAACUCAGUCCGGGCUAUGCCCAGGCACUGAUGCAGCAGCAAUUGAGUCCCGGACGGAGUACACCCUACAGUCCGCAGCCGAAUCAAGGCUAUGCGCCGCAGUUCCCACAGCCGGGCCAGCGUUUGUCGCCGCAGCAGCAGCAACAGCUCAACCAACAGCAGCAACAGCAACAGAACAACGCCCAGGUGCAACAGUUGGCCUACCAGCAGCAGCAGCAACAGCAACAACAGCAACAGCAGCAGGUUGGCGACGGGGGACGAUCGAACACGCCCUUUGGUUCCAAUUCGGGACUACAGUCGCCGGGCAUGCAAAACAGUCCGCAGCAGUGGACCAGCGCUGGUGGCGGAGGUGGAGGACCGGGAGGGCCGUUACCCUCUGGAAAUGCGGGGCGAACGCUGCAGCAGCACAAUCCCAUGCUCAUAGCGCAGUUGCAGGGCGUCAGUCCGUAUAAUGCGCGUCAAUACCAACAGAACCAGAGACGAGGCCUCAACUCUCCGGGCGCCCAGGUCGGGCCCGUGGGCAAUGCCGCGGCGGUGGCCCUGCAGCGUCAGAACUCGUUCCAGGGCCAGAGUGGUGUCCAGGGAGGUGCGACAACUCCCGAUGGCAGCGGUGGACCUGGUGUCGGUGGUUUCGGUGGCCCCCAGUCUCCGUAUGGCGGAAAUGUUAAUGUGUUCCAGCAGCAGCAGUUGCAGCGACUCCAACGCCAGGGAAGCGUACCACAGGCCACGCAGCAUCUGCCAGGCUCGCCACGCUUCGGCUCCUCUCCGGGCACGGCCGCAAACAACAGCAGCCACAGUCACAGCCACCACACAGACAAUGCGGCUGGCGGUAAUCCUUCCCAGCAACAACAGCAACACCAGCAGCAGCAGCAACACCAACAGCAGCAACAGCAGUUGCCGCUCUUGAACUGCCCGAGCAUGUCGCCGCAUCCACAUCCUCAUCCGGCAUUGAUGGGCGUGAGCGGAAUGGGCAGUGGCGGAGGCAAUGGCAUCAUUGGCCUUGGCGGAGGUGGCGGCAAUGUCAACUAUGCCGCCGCAAUGGCCAGCUAUGGGCAGGCCCAACAGCCGCAGCCGCAGCAGGCGAAUGAUUUCUAUGGUCGAGCGCAGACCGCUGGAAACGGUGGAGGCGGUCCCGCUGGAGCUGGAGGCAAUGCCAAUUCCGAUUUCGUCAAGCAAGAGCUUCGUGCGGUGGUCAGUGUGAGGCAGCAGGCGGCUGCGGCGGCCACUGGAGGCGCCGGCGGGCCCGGAGUCGUGGCACAGCGCGGCCAGACGCCACAGAGUCCGCUGCAGCAGGGACCAGUGAUUGGCGGCGGCGGAGGCGGCAUUGUCGGUGGCCCCAAUAGUACAAAUGCCAUGGGCAAUGUCACGCCCACGGGCAGUAAUGUCAGCAACUCUAUGCUCAAUACGCCGCCGGAUCAAACGCUGGGCUUCAGCUUCGAGACGUCGGACUUUUUUACCAGCAGUGCCACGAGGUGACCCUAAAGUGCCCAAGGCACGACCCAAGGAUCAAAAAC